CGGAGCGGUGCCCCCAGAUCCUGAGCAGAGACCCGGUCCCACCCGGAGCGGUGCCCCCAGAUCCGGAGCAGAGACCCGGUCCCAUCCGGAGCAGAGCCCUCUUCCCCCCUAGAGCUGAGCCCCCAGACCUUACGGUCAUGCCCGGCAAAGAACCAGACCCAGAGCUGGCCCAGGCGACCCCAGCAGCCGAACCGGCCGAAACCCGGGCAGCAGAAGCGGCUCCCGCCUCGCCAGCAGGGGGCGCCCUGUCGCCUGAGCCCCAGCCCCCGGCCAGUGCUCCGGAGCGCGGGGAGGCUAAAGCAGAGCCACCCAGCUGCCCGUUGCACCUGGCAGUGGAGGACGUGAAUGAUAACUCGGUGUCCCUGACAUGGAAAGCCCCAGAGCAGGCAGGCUCCACUGGCCUGGAUGGAUACCUGGUGGAGUGCUGCAGAGAUGGAACUGAAGACUGGGUAGCUGCUAACAAAGAACUCUUUCUUUCUACCUGGUUCACGAUCCGCAACCUGACAUCCGGAGAUAGACUUCAGAUUCGCGUGAAGGCAGUGAAUGCUGGGGGCAUGAGUGUUCCAGCUGUCCUGGAACAGCCUGUUGUCAUCAGAGAGAUACUUGAGCACCCGAAGAUCCGAGUGCCGCGCCACCUGCGGCAGACGUACAUCCGGCCCGUUGGGGAGGCGGUGAACCUGUUAAUUCCUUUCCAGGGAAAGCCGAGGCCCCAGGUGAGCUGGAGCAAAGCCGGCCAGCCUCUGGAUCCCAAGAGGGUGACCGUGCGCAAUGGUGACAGGGACACCAUUUUCUUCAUUCGCAAGGCAGAGCGCAGUGACUCUGGCCAGUACCAGCUGAGCGUCAAGAUAGACAGGCUGGAGGACAAAGCUACCAUUGACAUCCGCGUGAUCGAGCAGCCGGGCCCUCCAGAGAACCUGAAGCUGGUUGACGUGUGGGGGUUUAACGUGGCGCUAGAGUGGAGCCCGCCGAAGGACAACGGGAACGCAGCCCUCAAAGGGUACACGGUCCAGAAAUCGGACAGGAAGAGUGGGCAAUGGUUCACCGUGGUGGAGCGCUGCCCCCGGCUCAGCUGCACUGUCUCGGACCUCAUCAUCGGCAACAGCUACUCCUUCCGGGUGUUCUCGGAGAACGCCUGCGGGCACAGCGCCAUGGCGGCUGUCACCACGGAGCUGGCCCACAUCCCGAAACCAGAAAUUGUUUACCAGCCCGAGAAAUACUUGGGCCGGGACUUCUCCGAAGCUCCCAAAUUCACCCAGCCCUUGGCGGACAGGUCCACCACCAGAGGCUACAACACCCAGCUCUUCUGCUGCGUCCGUGCCUUCCCCAAGCCCAAAAUCAUCUGGCUGAAAAACCAGAUGGAGAUUCGGGAAGACCCCAAGUACAUUGCAGUGAUCAAUGAGGGGGUUUGCUCGCUGGAAAUCCGGAAACCUAGCCCAUUCGACGGAGGGAUCUAUACCUGCAAAGCGGUCAAUCCCCUCGGGGAAGCCUCGGUGGACUGUAGGCUUGAUGUGAAAGAGUACCCCAGUGAGGGCCGUGUGGCGGGUCUGAGGAAGGACAAGGUAGGUUGGCGUCUAGAUGGGGCUAUAAUCAGGCCAGUUGGGGCAGGGGCAUCCGGCCCCAAGGACCCAAACACGGUUGCUACAUUUUAGGUUGUGUGAUCAGUACCAUCCCCGCUUGCCCCCUGUGGACCGCCUGCUGGUGGAGAGAGGGCUGUUUGCGCGAUAGGGCAUAUUCUGGCCAGUGCAGCAUGGUGGGGAUGGGGAGCAGAGACCCGGGCCUUGCUCUCACUGUGUGAGUCUGGUGACAAGCCAAGCCCUGUGAGAGAAGUCGUUCCCAAUCCUGGGGCCGUGCUGGGUGGGGG